AUGCCAAAUGAAAGUAAAAAGCGCGCACAAACGUCAAAUAUCAAUGAGUCCAAUAGCGAAAAGUUUACAGAAGAGAAAAUUGAACAAAUAGAUUCAAUACAAGAACUUGAUAAUCAACUUGCAACUUAUGUUGCAGAAAUGAAACAAAAAAAUGGACAACAAUAUUCUGCAAGUUCUGUUCGCUGUGCAAUUGCUGCUAUACAUCGACAUCUUAUUAAACAUUCUGUAAUAUCUGAAAUAAACAUUCAUGAUCAAGCAACGUUUUCAAUACUUUGGGAAGUUCUUAAUGGAAAAUUGAAGUUUCUUUCUGAUUUAGGAUUUAGUGAUGCAAAGGGUGCUGAUGUAUUAUCUAUAGAUGAAAUUUUAACAAUUUUUAAUCAUAAAAUUUUGGAUAGUACUACACCAGAACGAUUAUUAUAUCAAAUUUACUUUUAUAAUGCACUUUUAUUAGGUAUUAGAGGUAAAAAGCAUUUUGCACUUCUUUUGGAAGAUUUUAAAAAAAGAGAAGAUGGUGGAUUUACAGUAUAUAUCUAUCACAGUAAAACUAAUCAAAGAGGUGCAUUUAGAAAUAGAGGAAAGGCAGACAAAAUACUUAUACCUUACAAUGAAGAAUUUAUUCAAUAUUAUAAUAAAUAUAUUUUAUUACAUCCAAAAAAUGCAGAUCCAGAAUUUUAUUUACAAGAAAUGGAAGAUAAAGAUGAUAAAUAA